AAAAAAAAUGACAAGGCCCUUUCUUCCACCCUCUCCUUCUUUUGCCACAAUCCCUUCACUUUGAUUUUCUUCUCUUCAAUGCUAACAUAUCAUAUGAUCCUCUACAUGUAAUCCCACGAUACAAACCCUAAAACCCUUUUUGAUCUCUUUCUUUCUCUCACAAACCAUGUCUCAGGGAUCUCCUCUUCCCGCCAACGAACCCUCCAACCCUCACUCGCCGGAACCGGAUUCUCAAAAGGACACGGAAACCACCACCACCACCGCUACAACCACCGCCGCUGACGAACCUCCUCCUCCGGCUCUGGCUCCAGUCAUUAAUCGUAGCAACCGGCCGUCUCGAGCCUGCACCAUUCGCGCCGCUGCACGAAUCCAAGCGGCGUCGCAGCCGGCAAUAGAGCGGCGGAAAAAGGCCGCGAAGAAGGAGCAGAGCCGGCGGGACGAGUUGCCGUCGCCGUCGUCGCCUUCGCAGUCGCAGCAGCAGCAAUGCAGCAAGAUCGUGACGCCGCUGGUGGAACCGCCCACGUCGUCGCAGUUGCCCCGCUUUCAUCUCCGGUCGAUGUGGGAGUUAGCUUCCGCCCUCAAUUUUUUGAAUCUGUUUAGGCCUCUUUUGAAUAUACAAGUAGAAUUCUCAGCUGAAGAGUUUGAGACAGCACUUCUUACCCCAAAUGACACAUUAGCUUAUAUACACAUGCCUUUGCUAAAGGCAAUCCCUCCCAUUACACGAAUGGCGCUCACACGUGAUACUUGGAUAACUGUAUUGUGCAGAAAAUUGAGAGAUUGGUGGCAUUGGGUUGCUGAUGGGGAUCUUCCAAUUGUUGCUUCACAUGGGGCGGAGGUUGAAGCAUACAGAUCACUCGAUCCAGGGGUCCGUGUAGUCAUUUUAAAGGCAUUAUGUGAUAUCCGCGUUGAGCAAGAAGAUAUCCGAAAUUACAUUGACAACUCACUCAAACAUGGAGUUCAACUUUCCACAUUCCGAAAGGAGCGUAUUGGUGGUGAUUCGCAUGGAAUUUCUUAUUGGUAUGAAGAUGACCCAAUUAUUGGACAUAGGUUAUAUAGGGAAAUAAGGAAAACUGAAGUGGUUCAAGAGAGGAAAGGGAAACCAAGAGGUUCCCGGGUUCUUUCGAACACAUCAUACCAGUGGGAAGCAAUUGCUACCAAUUUUGACGAGUUUCAAGAUGUUUCUGAGAAACUUUUCUCCAGUAAAAACAGAACGGAGGCUUCUGUAGGGAAAAAGCUGAAGAUAGAUAUGCUUCCUGAAAUUGAGAAAGUUCACAAGAAAAAGGAAAGGUUGAUGAAAAAGCAACACAGAGAAGCCCUUCUUCUUGAUAAUUUCUUGGGUGUUGAUGGGCUUGCCACGGGUCGUUCACUUCGUGAUAGGAAACCUGUUACUUACACUUUUGAUGAUUAUGAUCGGUCUAUCAAUGAGGCAAUCAAGAUAACCAAGAAAAAGCAACCAUCUCCGGAACCUAUACCCAGGACGAGAGAAGCAGGAGUAAAACCUGAUGCUCUUACUAAUGGAAAAUUAAGUGGUCCUUCAUAUGCCUCUCAACAUCAGUUCAGUAUGCCAUCUCCAAAAUCACCUGACUUUGAUGAUGAAGAAGAAGAGCAUGAAAGGGAUAUGUUGGACAGAAGCAACCGACAAAGGCAGAGGCCCAGGCGGUACUCUGAGAACGAGUUUAUCGAGGUGGUAUCAGAUAAUGAUGUAGACUUUGACAGCGAUGAUGAUAUUGUUGGAGAAGCCGUAUAUGAUGAAGAGUAUCUCCGGAAACGUAAGCAGCGAAGGAAGUUCUCUAGUAGCUCUGCAUCUGAAGGGGAUGAAGAAUAUCAUUGGGAUGAAGACAAUGUUGAAGAGGAAGAAGAGGAAGAAGAUUCCAUGAGUAUCAGUGAGGAUAGUGACAAACCCCAGCCUCGUAAAGUCAAGCAAUUGCCAGGCCGUACUAGGAGGGAAACUAAACUGAGGUCUAUGGGUGAGAUUCAUUCAGGUCUUAGGCGCAGUAAGAGGGCAACUAGGAACCGUAUAAAUUAUCGACAAUAUGAGAUGUCUGAGUCAGACACAGAGUUUAUCAAACCUGACAAGUCUAAUGCAUCGGAUAAAUGCUCAGAUCAUAGUGAGAAUGGGGAGUUCAUGGUGGAAAGUGAAGAAUCAGAUGGUAAUGAUGAUGAUGGGGAAUUCAAAGUCGAUGAGCCUGCCACUAAUCCUGCAGCAGCAGAAAACGAAUAUCCUGCAGCAGGAGGAAAUGAAGAUCCUGGAGCAGCAGAAACCGAAGAUCAUGCCGCAGGAGAAAAUGAAUAUCCUGUAGCAGCAAAAACCGAAGAGGCUGCAACAGGAGAAAAUGAAGAGCCUGCAGGAGAGAAUCAGCGAAAUCAAUACCAAGACCAGAACCAGCAUCCUGAAAACUCAAGUAGUCCGCCAGGCCAAGAGGAAGUUGAGGGCAUGUCGAAGAGACGUUUCCUUGAUCUGAAUGAGCUUGCUCCCAGUUCAGGUUUUGAUGACGGUCCAACUUCACAUACAUCUAAACAGGAAGGCAAUGGUGAUUAGUGAAGCCUCUCCAUCUGCCUUUUGUAAGCAUGGUAGUUUUUCUAUCAAGGAAGCCACAUAUGUAUGAUAGAUAAUAGGACUAUAAAUUUUGUUAUGUGCCUCAGAGGAAGUUAUCACCUGGUCCUCUUCCUUAGGCAAUCUGAGCCCAUAAGCAGCAUGAUACUGAGUUGUGUAGAUUAGAUAGUCAUUUUUUAGUAUUUAAGUAGUUCUACAUUCAAAAGUGUCUAGCAGAAUGGAUGAGAAUUUGUGGGGCGUUAUUUAGCCCUUUCAAUCGAUCAUGUACAAUAACUCUUAACAAGUACUGUAGCUUUUAACACAAGAUAUUGCCUUUAGAUUAUCAA